GCUGCCGCCGGUGCUGGGGCCGGGAGCUCCCAGGGCCAGGGGGCGUGAAUAACAAGAAAGGUGAUAAGGGGGUUGAGCCCCCGGCCAAAAAGCAGAAGGUUGACUCCGGCAAACAACCCGCCACCGAUGCCGACAUCAUUGUGGAUGAUGUUGUUGUCCCCCCAUCGCCCCGGAGGCACGACAAUGAGGCCUUCUUCUGCCGGGAGAAGCUAGAGGCAGUCGUGUCGAAGGGGAGCUAUGUGCUGGAUGCCACCCUUUGUCCCUCGGCGUUAAUCAGCCAGAUCAUGCCUUCGGCUGAUAGACUAGCCCUCGCCCGGAUGGGUGAUGAGGCCCUCAAUCAAAAGGUCCUCCAGAAUAGUGCCUCCGAUCUCAUGGGACUUUGUGAGCAGCUCCGGAGGGUUGGUCAGCUACGGGAAGCCAAGGUUGCUGGAGAUGGGGAGAUAGUCAGCCUCAGGAGAAAGCUGG